AUGUCCUCUGAUUCCGAUGCCACCUCCCCCAAUUCAUCAUCUGCGCCUCCACUGCAACUGGACGAUCCCCAAAUUCGAAGAUUGUCUAUGCUUCUCCCUCUGCUUCUCAGUUUAGCGCCCCCUCGCCAGGCCCCAGAAUUUGAUCCUGGUAGCCACCGUGGCCGAGUACGAAUCAUCGUAGUUGACCCUUCAGCGGGAGCCAUGAUCGUGAUCGAAGGCUCCGGAGAUCUCCAAUCCGUGCUUCAAGGCCUAUCGGUGAAGUCCGGGGCGUUGCCGGCGUCCAAGGAUUCGAUUCAGGCCAUGCCCAGAGUGGUGGUGACCGAAGAAGGCACGGAUUGUUCGAUCUGCUUGGAAGCUUACGAAGUGGGGGGCGAAGCUAGGGAAAUGCCGUGCAAGCAUAAAUUUCACUCGGGGUGUAUUGAGAAGUGGUUAGGGAUUCACGGGUCUUGCCCAAUCUGCCGAUAUGCCAUGCCGGCGGAGGAGGAAGACAUUAGUAUCGCCGGCAGCGAGGGCGAGCCAGAUGGCGGCGAGAGGAGGGAGAGCGGUGAGGGUUUGGUAUCCGUGAGUGUAUGGGUGAGGUCCCUGGACGAAGACGAUGAUGAUCCGAUGGAAGUGGAUUCAGAGUGGGAUGAUGGAUCCGGGGGAUCCAAUAAUGAUUCGCGAGAAGAAGGAAAUUCAGCAGGGGAUGGGGACUCGUUGAUGAUGGAUCAAGAGCCACAAGACAUGGAAUUCUGA